UCGCGCUGCUAGCGUCGCACUGCGGGCGUCCUUUGCGGCAGGCCUCUGCAUCGCUCGCAGAUCAUCCAGUAGCGGCGGCCAGCAAGGGUACAAGGGCACCGCGGCGCGACGGUCCACCCACCUUAUUCCGGCUUACAAGGCGCUGAGUGAUUGCGGCCCUGCCAACCUCUAGCUCCUUUCGUUCUUCAUCCCGACGUGCACUCUGCGCUCCAGCCACAUCUGGGUGCUUGGUGUCUCGCAGACAUACCCAGUACCUCCGGCUGUAACUCGCCAUGCCUUUCUUUGAUGUGCAGAAAAGGCUGGGCCUUAACUUAGAUCAUUGGAUGACAAUCCAAAGUGCUGAGCAGCCUCACAAGAUUCCAGGUCGAUGCCAUGCUUUUGAAAAAGAGUGGAUAGAAUGUGCUCAUGGAAUCGGUGGUACCCGUGCAGAGAAAGAGUGCAAGAUAGAAUUUGAUGAUUUCGUAGAAUGUCUGCUUCGGCAGAAAACGGUGAGGAGUGAUGGAGACGGGAGCUGAACUGUUUCCUUGUUUCUUUGGGGCUGCUUUUAAGUGUUUUUAAUUGGUCAUUGGUAAUGGCUUGUUCAAUGCAAAUUGGCAAAACUUUUGUGGUGAAACACUUUCUCUACAUAGGUAGCAUGUCAAGGAAGUUAAAUGCCUUCAGAUCUGAGGAGGGUCUGUUGUUCCUCAGUGUUCUUCCUCAUCUUCUGACAUAUUUUCCUCAGCCUUGUACCCUGCUGUAGCCACCAGAUUAGAAAUCAUAUGUGUGUGUAUUCCCAUUUUUGCAGUAGGCUAUAAAGCAGAAAUUACCAACCAGCUUUGGAUGUUUGUCCUUGAACAUCUCUGGGUGAAAAUGUUCCAAAUUCAUUGAACCCUCAUUGGAGAAGAGGUUAAAACCUUGCAGAUCUAUUACAGUGAACCUGGUAUAACAAACUCUGGAUUAAUUUCUACUCUGGGGAAGAUGGGGGUGUUAAUGAGAUUGCUUUAGGUGAGCCUGACCAAAGGGCAGGGGAAAAAGGAUGUUAACAGCAUGAUGUCUACCUCCUCAAGUGUUGAAUGAGUUACAUAACAUAUGGGCUGUAUUCUCCCUUAGAGAAGAAAUCUUUGGGUGUGGGCUGUUAUUUUGCCUGUUCUCUGCUCCAGAUAUAACAAAUAGAAAUGUUUUUAUUACUCCCAACUCCUUGGAGUUCAGGAAAGCAAUUUAGAUUUUUAGUUAAAUUUAUCACAGUUAUUUGUAUCAAAACUUUUUAAUUUCCUGUCUUUUAACAUCUGCUGUUGGCAUUUGGGUAAAGUGAAACCAAACUUGGAAGGAAUUAGAGGUUAUCAGGUAAUAAUUUUGUAUUGAUCUCUGCAGGAAUAUUGAUCAUUAAGUGAGUAAUAUUGUAUAGUAUUACUGAGGGUCAGUAAGUGGGUCAUAGUUAGUCGCCUACCCGCUAUUU